GCGCCACUUCCUGAUACACCUGUUUGUCAGGUAGGCAGUCGGCCGCAGUCUGCUGCUGACGCUACGGAGACACUGAGUCAUGACCAAAUAGACUAUGGACGGAAUUUUACCGGAGCUUUGACGCAACUUUGAAUUUCUUUUUUUUUUUUUUAAAUCGUCAUUCGAGUAAAUCCCUCACCUUGUAAAAUGCGUCGACCGCGCCGAGGGAAUACCCACCUGAAUGUGGUUUUGCUGCUGUAUCUGGUCGGCUUUUACGAGCCUUCCCUAGUCUCCUCCAUCACAGUGAGUACGCCAGCAGAGCUCCAUGCGUCUAAAGGGGACACCGUCACAAUGUCCUGCACUUUCACCUCCACCAGUAGGCCGACCAGCAAGAUGACUGUGGACUGGUCCUAUAGGCUCCAGAGUGGAGGGCCGCCCCAAACAUUUUUCCACUUCUCCUCGCGGUCAUUCCCUCCAAACGACGGUCAGUUUGCUGGUCGUAUCCGGUGGCAGGGAAGCCCUGCGCGUGGGGAUGCCUCCAUCUCUCUGAUCAACGCCACGUUGAACGAUAAUGGGACCUUUACGUGCUCAGUCAGAAACCCUCCGGAUGUCCAUGGGUUCCCGACUUCACACACUGUGCUCACUGUCACACCAAAGGCGCCAAGAAUUCGCUUCUCUGAUGUUGCGGUCCUCCUCGCUUUCAUCCUCCUCCCAUCCGCUAUCAUCACCCUCAUUCUGAUUGGACGGAUGCUCUGUCCCAAGAAACAGCGCAGCCAAUCGAAAGCCUACAGAUCGCCCAUAGAGGUCACAGAGGGAGAGGAGUAUGGCAUCCACCCACCGGGGGACAAAGUAAGGAGUGCCUCAUGCUGUGACCUAUAUCUCAUGGACUCAGAGGAUGAAGAUGAGUAUUACAACAUAGAAAAGAGACCCCCUAUGGAUGAAGGCUAUGCUGAGUCUCAGUGCUAGAGAACCCUGCUGGUUGAGAGAUGUAAGUGCAACAUGUACACCGACCGGUGCCUUACGUAUGGGAGGUACUAAAUGAAAAUGAAUGCUGGAUUCAUGUCUUCUUGGCCACAGUCAACCACGUACCCAGUCACUUUGGUGAUGUUUACUUUUUUGUGGUGAUACUUGUGUUUUUGUCUGGAGACAGCCGGAAUUUUACAUCUCCAGCAUAAUAUUUAAACUAUAAAAUGUGUCAAUACUUUUAUUUACCUUUUGCCUACAAGCUCUAAAUUUCACAAGGCUUCUCAAGAGGCAGUCCACUGUUUUUAUACCAGUGAGCUGUGAAAUAACAGGCUUUAUUCCUAAAUUUUAGAGCUUGUGGCCUCGAUGAGAUAUAAUUUGUUUAUUCUGUGUAUACAGGUAAGAAGCUGACACUGAUGAGCACUAUGUAUAUUUUUAUAUCGUGAUGAUUUAUAUGUCAGUUUGUUUUUGUGAAGGAGAAAGAUACGUUUUGUCUAAUUUAUUGUGUGUGUGUCAGAGCGGCUGUAUGAAAUUUUUGUCGAUGUCUUUGUCAAGGUGCAGUGGAACAUUUCUGUUAUAUCUGGAAUAUUUGGACCAAAAGUAAAUAGUUUGAUAUUGAAUGUCAACUGUGACCACUCAGUACUAUUUAUACAGUAUAUUGUAUAUACAGUAUAUUUUCUAUAUAUGUGUCUGUACAUUACUGGACUUUAUCAUGAUUUCCACAUCAGCAGUAAAUGUUUGUGUCACCUUAUUAGUAGAAUAUUUUGGGGACGUGUGAGUUGAGUUGGAUGUAUUCUAUCAUGGAUAUGGUUAUUUCAUGUGAUAUGACAGUCUUUGUUUUGGUUUGCAUGCACAGCUUUGCUUUAAUUAAUGUUUUUGCAACAUUUUUGCCUAAAUAAAUUGUUUAAGAGCGCAUCCUUUUGACUUUGUGAGGGGAUGAACAUGA